CCGGCAAGAAUCCUGGCUAAGUCCUUCGACUUCGACAGAGAAGAGCUGAGGGUUCGCGCAGAGAAAGCGAGAGAUGAAGCUAACAUGGAAGAAGGACAAUAAGAGCAAGAAACGCUCUCUGGCAGCCAUAUCGAAGUACCCAAAUCUCCCUUUUGAUCAGCAAGACCCUGGAGAUUCUAUAGAGAUUGGUAGUAAGGAUGAGGAGCAUAGUAAUAGCGAGCUGGUGGUUGCCUCUCACGAGCCCUUGAAUUCAGAAUCCGAUAGGCAUCUUGCUGAGUCCUUUCAAGCCCAAGGGAAUAAGCUAGCUGAGGAUGGAAAAUACCGUGAAGCACUUGGGAAGUGGGAGGCUGCUCUUAAUUUGAUGCCUGAAAGUGCUGUCUUACACGAACAAAAGGCACAAGUUUUACUUGAAAUUGGAGACGCAUGGAAUGCAUUGAAGGCUGCGACUCGAGCUACUGAGUUGGAACCUUCCUGGGCUGAGGCAUGGAUCACCCUUGGUAGAGCACAGUUAAACUUUGGGGAACCUGAUAGUGCCAUUGAAAGCUUUGACAAAGCAUUAGCCAUAAAGCCUUAUUCUGAGGAGGCUAAAGACGACAGGCAGACUGCACUUCUUCUUGUAAAGAGGCGGAAGCAGCUUCAUUCAUCAGGCUUGAACACUGAUAAAAGUCGUUUUGUGGUUGGUGACAAGGCUGAGAGUUCUGAAAAUUAAGUCAAAGUACUCAAAGCAGUAGUUCAAUGCUCAAGCACAAUGUAAAGAUUUUGGCACCUGUAAAAUAUGAGAGAGAAGGAAACUGGUUGAAAAAGGUAUUUUAGAUUAUUCAUACUGGAUGGCAGAAAUGGAGUAAUGUAUUGUUAUUUUGGUUAUAUAGAAAUGCUGCUUGAAAGUUUUUACACAUUCACAAUAUGGAGGUCUGGACGAAUUAUAAACGUUUUGGGGCAGAAAGGUUAGCCUGGCGCAAGGUCUUCUACAAAAGAAAAUGAGCAACAGGGUCCAGGAGGCUUCUUAAGGGGGUCUAUUUCCAUGAGGCAUGCCUUGCAGGAAAUUAACAAUUAUGUGGUUAGAUUGUAUUCUUUCUGGAAAUUAAUGCAACAAUGGAUUUGAAAUAUGAAGACACAAGUGUGUUUUAAGCAUUCUCUUCACAAAAAUAUAUGUAUAGAUUUUAGAAGAAAAGAAAAGCCCUUGUGCCUAGCAAAUAUUAGGUGAACAUCUACAGUUGUUGAUGUACUUAUAUUUAUCUCUUCAAACAUAAAAGACAAGAAUUUAACAAGAA